AUGACGGAAGGUAAUGAUGUUCGACGACAAUACCGGACUGGGCGGAUCGACAUGAAUGCGACGGGUAACGGGCGGACCGUACCAGUGCCGAACGCGCCGACUGCUACGAGACGUCAAUCACCGGAACGCGAGUCCGAAAACACGACGAGAACAAAUAAAAUGGCCGCCAAGAUACGUGUAGACGGUUGAACGUCGGUGCGUGCAACGAGUACGCGGCCGGGGCGCGCCGAAAUGCCGGUUUUCACGGCGCGUGUCCCGCGGACUUGCGGGGCACGUCGAGCGGAUCCCGUACGAUCCGCGAGUCCGCGGGGUCCUUCCGUCCGGGACCAGGGCGUCGGAAUCGGCGACACGCGGUCCCACUUCUGAAAACGCACCGUUUACCGCCGGAACCUUACACGUUUCAGAUGAUCGUUCUCGCCGCGUGCGUGGCCGCCGCCGUCGCCCAAUACGCCGCCCCGGCUUACCCUGCGCCGGCUUACUCCGCGCCAAACGCCUACGCCCCGGAGCCCGCGUACGCCCCGGCCCCGUACAGCUUCGAGUACGGCGUCAACGACCCGUCCACCUACGACGUCAAGAGCCAGUCGGAAUACAGCGACGGAAAGACCGUCAAGGGAUACUGCAGCCUUCUGGAAGCCGACGGCACCAAGAGGAUCGUCGAAUACACCGCCGACGACUACGGUUUCAACGCCGAGGUCAAGAAGGAAGGCGCCCCUUACUCUUACUCCGCCCCGGCUUACAAGGCCGCCCCAGCCUACAAACCGGCCUACCCAGCGCCCGCGUACCCGGCACCAGCUUACCCGGCGCCCGCUUACUCGGCGCCCGCCUACAAACCAGCCCCGUACGAGGCAUACUAAUCGCCGACCACUUCGUUCGAACUCUUCAAUACGAACCCCCGCAAUCGUUGAUGAGCCGAACUUUCCGUUAUAGAAACAGUGCAGCUCACAUUCCAUUCCUAAAAAAAAUGUUUAACUUAUCGAUUGUUAAUUGAUAAAUAAAAUAUUAAUUUUAAAUUUUGGAUAUUUCGAAUUGUGUUUACUUACUUAUCCAUUCGUUCAAAUCACCUCCUAUGAUGUAUAAUAAGUCGAAGAAUUCGAUUCAUAUUAACCGUCAAUUAAAAGGUUCCUUAUGAAACGAUCCGGGAGUAACAACCGGAUACUGCGCGUCAUCUCGCUACAUACUCUAUACAACUUAUAAAUUAUAAUAUCGUAAAAACUAUUUCAAUGACUCGAAUAUAUUUAACCGCAAAACAGUGUAUUGCGAGUUUAUAAUCCAAAACCAAAAAAAAAUAAUAAUAUUAAAUAACAAAAAUAUUUUAUUAAAAUAAUGUAUUAACACAAUGUAAUAAAUUAUAAUGUUGGAAAAAAAAUUGUAUUACUUUAAAGGAAGAUGGAAAACGUUACCUUGGGACUGUUAUAAGACUGCCGGAUAGUCGUUAGGUCGGGAAGAAAUAAUUAUGUAUUGAAUGUUAUAUACCAAAAAUUGUUCUUGUUUUAUACGUUAUGUUUUUUUUUUUUUUUGAGAUUUAUUACUUAAAAUCAUAAAAAGUUUUAAGUGUGCCACUAAAUUUUACGAAUACCCAGGAUUUCUAGAAAAUACAUAAACUUAUGGUGAAUGAUGGCUAGCAGUUAUUAUACCGAAAACAAAAUAUAGUAAAUAAAUAUAAAAAUAAAAAAAAUGUAUGCAUAGAAAUAAAACAUUUUAUGUAUGGAAAUAAAUAUAAUAAAAAUUGAAAAAAUUAAUGAAUGCGUCGCCUGGAGUAUUGUGAUGCGUGUAUUAAAAGACCGGUUUCGAAUUCAAAAGUCAUCAUCAGGUAUAUCACAGUCAAAAUGUGAAAACCGACUAACAUUUAUAAAUUUAUCAUAAUACUCCAGGCAUACUCGCAUUCAUUGAUUUUUUUCAUUUUUUAUUUCUUUAUGUAAAAUUAUUUUUUUCUCUGUAUACAUUUUUUAUUUGCAUAUUUAUUUACGAGUAUUAAACAUUUUAAUAAUUUUGUUUUUACUUUUUUUAUUUCAAAAAAAAAAAAAAAUGUUCGUCUCACGUUUCACUCAUCUUGGAAUUUGUUUAACAUUAUAGGUAAAUUGAAGGUAAAUUUUCCGUUCACUAAGAAACUUAAAACCAAUUAUUACAGUUUUAAUUAAAUGGCAUAAUAAUAAGAAUAUUUGUUUUUUUUUUUUAAAAUUUUAAAAGGGAAUAUUUCGAUGAAAGGUGUUUGAAGAUACAACGAAAAAAACUAAUUAUAACGCCUAUGGUCAUUAUAAUAGUUGAUCACUCAAAGAAAAAAAUAAUAAUGGCAACAGCAAUGGUUUUUAAAAACGCAGUUUUUUCCCCCGAUAAUUCACAAGAUUCACGAAAAGUUUUAUUCAUAAACCUGAAUACCAGUCAAAGGAAAUAUUUUAUAUUGGCAACAUUUAGAAAACUGACAAACCACUAUCGGGUAUUAUACGGCCGGAUUUACUUUGAACGAAAUACCGUACUUUUGUAACUGUUUAGUAAUUCAUAAAAUAAUAUUGUCGAACGGGACAUUUGGACACGUAAUUGACGAGUUGUUCAGUGGUAUGGACAUCCGGCUAUGUAUUUCGUCGCCAAGACUGCUAUAAUUGUGUAAAAGUCCGGACGUUCAUCGCACUGUAGAGCCAAUGCGGGCAAAUCGCGUUUGGGCCACUAAUAAAACUGCGAUCCGUUUGGAACAAACGUGUACUCGUAAUUUAUACACAUGAAUUACUAUAAAACCAAUCUGCGAAUAGAGCGAUUAAGUAAAUUAUUUAGGUUCACGCACAAUUUCCGCGUGUCAGUUCAAUUUCGAAUCCGACCGAAAAAUACGGUUUUAUCAAAUAUAUACCUGUGCCGACUAUACCUGUACAUAAUAGAUAUCUGCGUAAUCAAGGUAAGGUUAUUUGUUUAAAUAAAUAAUAUAAUUGUCUGCAUUUUCGUUGAUAUCUCUAUCUUUUAGGCCGCAUGUUUAACAUAUUAAAUGUGUGUACAUUCGUACGCAUUCAACGAAUUAAAUUUACAAAUUAUUUUUAAAAAUACGUUGAUAUUUUUAUAAAGCAGUAGUCUUCGUCGUGCCAAAACACAGCCUUUAGGUGGUUUAAAUGUAAAAGAAAACGCUAAUCCGAACUCUAUAGAUCCCGAUCGGUCCAAACGGGUCCUGCCCAUCAAUGUAGUAGGCGAAGGUGCAUGAGUUAGUUUAGUUUACGUACUGAAUGCAACAAUAGAAUGCGAAACACGAUAAACGGGAACGGCACACCAUCAGCUGUGUUUUCCGCUCGUGCAUAGUUCACGGUUAUUCAGAAAGCAACAAAAAUAACACCGAGGCGUAUCGUCGUUUACCGUCGUUUUUUUAGAAAACCAUUAGUAGUCUCGACAAAAUGAAAGAAUAAAGUACCACCCGAGCGAAAAAAUCCGCAUCCUUUAACGAAUGAUUUGAACCAAUUGAAAAAUGUUUACUGAUCGAAAAAAAACAAAUUUUGGUAAAACGUAAAACACAUUCGCUAAAAUCCGAAUCCUAAUACAAUUACAAAUAUGAAAUAUUAAUUUUGGAUUUUAUUUCUAUUAUUAAAUAAUAUCCUUAAAAACGUGUUAUUUUGGAUUAUCGUCGUACGAUUUUUUUUUUAUUUGACGUCCACUACAUUAUCAAUCGGCUCGUAACGGUUUUCGAUGUGCCAUUUCACAAAAGCGUAGUGUAUAAAAAGGUCAUAAAGAUGAAGGCAUAUUAAAUAUUAAGUACGUAUCGUUUCGUUCCGAUACAAUCGAUACUCGAUUCUCGAUACCUACCUUCGAUUAAAAAUAAAACAAAAUACAAACAUUAAUAUAACCAAUCAUGCAUAUUAGUCAUGUAUUUGUAAUUUAGACGUAAAAACACUUUAUAAGCGUAAAAUUCUAAUUUAUUAACCUAUUUUUUUUUUUUUUUUUAUUUAUUUAUUAACUUGAUGAUCAUCGCUUGUCGUAAUAACAAUGGAGAUGCGUGCAAUCACUAUCAUAGUAAAUUGAAUGUACAUCUGUAAGCAACUAUACACACCAUUGCUGACGAAAAAACAAUUCCGAGCGGAGUUCAGUUGAUAGUGAUUAUUUGUCAAUAAUAUAUAUGUAUCAUAAUAUAGUAAAGUAAUUAAAUAUAAAACAUUAAAUAUUUUCUUUAAUAAUAUUGGUUUAGUGGUGUACCGAUUUUUUAGUUUUUCCUAAGUUUUUCCCGGUUUUUCACGCACACCGAUUUACUUUCAGACAAUGCGCUGCAAUUGAAAAUCGGAGAAUGAUUCCUAGUAUCGGUAAUAGUAGUAGUAGACAUACGUAGUAGUGUUUUUUUAUAAACGUUUCAAGAUUAAAUUUUGACAUAAAUGGCACGAAUUACGGCGUUUCAAACGGAACGGAUAAUAUUUAAUACACGGGCGGUAUUCGUUGCUAUUAAUUGAAUAAUAAACAAAAUUAUGAAACGAACGUUCCGAACCGGUUCGGUUAUUAGGACUGUAACAAACGCAACAAUGGUAGUGAUUCGUUGGGAGGGACGGGAUAGCAACGCAAUAUCGAGCGAUAUAAAUACGGUGAAUUACAAGAGAUCCGUACCAUUAAGUCGCCGACUUUAGCAAUACAAAGGACUCUACAGCCAAACAGUCGAAAACCCAAAUAUAAAAAUGGCCGCCAAGGUAUAUUAGUUUUUUUUAUAACUUCAAUCGCUGUCGUACUGUCGAACCUUUUUUAUCCGUACUAUAUAAAUUAUUUCGUUUCGUUUUUCUUUUUAUUAUAUCAACCGAUAUUUAUUUUCGAUUUCAGAUGAUCAUUUUCGCCGCCUGCGUGGCCACCACACUCGCCCUCCCGGCUUACCCGGCGCCCGCUUACUCGGCACCCAAGGCUUACGCCCCGGAGCCCGCGUACGCCCCGGCCCCGUACAGCUUCGAGUACGCCGUCAACGACCCGUCCACCUACGACGUGCACAGCCAAUCCGAGUCCGGCGACGGUAACGGCUACGUCAAGGGCACCUACAGCCUGGUCGAACCCGACGGUUCCGUCCGCGUCGUCGAGUACACCGCCGACGACUACAACGGUUUCAACGCCGAAGUCAAGAAAAUCGAAGGAGGAUACAAGGGGUACAGCGCACCGGCCCCGGCCUACAAACCAGCUUCCUACCCAGCCCCGUCGUACCCCGCACCGGCCUACAAACCAGCCCCGUACAAGGCGUACUAA